AUGCGAAAUCUCACCGGACUUUGUCUUCGCCCACAUUUAUGGACACAACUUCGACAUGGGAGUUCUGUCGUGAAAAGACGAGAAUUCAACAAAGUAAUGGUGGCGAAUCGAGGUGAGAUCGCGAUUCGCGUUUUUCGAGCACUCACCGAAUUGAACAAAACAAGUGUGGCCAUUUAUUCGGAACAGGACAAACACUCGAUGCAUCGACUGAAAGCCGACGAGGCUUAUUUGGUGGGGAAGGGUCUUCCGCCUGUCGCCGCCUAUCUUACAAUAGAACAGAUUAUCGACACCGCUCUAAAGAACAAUAUCGAUGCUAUCCAUCCUGGAUAUGGAUUUCUCUCCGAACGAGCUGAUUUUGCACAAGCCUGCGAAAAUGCUGGAAUUGUUUUUAUUGGUCCGAGUCCUGAUGUGAUGGCGAGAAUGGGUGAUAAGGUUGCCGCAAGACAAGCAGCGAUUGAAGCCGGAGUACAAGUUGUACCGGGUACUUCUGGACCGAUAAGCACAGCUGAUGAAGCUGUCGAAUUUGCAAAAACCUAUGGAACACCAAUCAUUUUGAAGGCGGCUUAUGGUGGAGGUGGACGAGGAAUGAGAAGAGUGGACAAAAUUGAAGAUGUAGAAGAAGCUUUUCGUCGAGCUUAUUCCGAAGCUCAAUCAGCUUUUGGUGAUGGAAGUUUGUUUGUGGAAAAGUUCGUUGAAAGACCACGACAUAUCGAAGUGCAACUUUUGGGUGAUCACCAUGGGAAUAUUGUUCAUUUAUAUGAAAGAGAUUGUUCUGUACAAAGGAGGCACCAAAAGGUGGUUGAAAUUGCUCCCGCUCCAGCACUUCCACCGGGAGUUCGUGAAAAGAUUUUGGACGAUGCAAUUCGCCUCGCAAAACAUGUUGGAUAUCAAAAUGCUGGAACCGUUGAAUUUUUGGUUGAUCAGAAAGGACAUCACUAUUUUAUUGAGGUCAACGCUCGUUUACAAGUUGAGCACACAGUUACAGAAGAAGUUACUGGAGUGGAUCUCGUUCAGGCCCAGAUUCGAGUUGCUGAAGGAAAAGCGUUAGAAGAUCUAAAAUUGAAACAAAGCACAAUUCAAGUGAAUGGAGCCGCAAUUCAAUGUCGACUUACAACCGAAGAUCCAGCUCGAGGUUUCCAACCAGAUUCCGGUCGGAUUGAAGUUUUUCGAUCUGGUGAGGGUAUGGGCAUUCGAUUGGAUUCUGCUUCUGCUUAUGCCGGCUCAGUAAUCACACCACAUUACGAUUCGCUUUUGGUCAAAGUGAUCGCCUCAGCCAGAAGUCAUCACAAUGCUGCCGCUAAGCUUAUUCGUGCUUUGAAAGAGUUCCGAAUUCGUGGAGUCAAGACGAACAUUCCAUUUCUACUAAACGUACUUCAACAUCAAUCGUUUACUGAUGCGGCCGUGGACACGUAUUUCAUUGAUGAACACCCAGAACUUUUUGCAUUCAAACCAAGCCAAAACCGUGCUCAAAAACUACUUGCCUAUCUCGGAGAGGUUCAAGUGAAUGGUGCAACAACUCCCCUUGCCACUUCACUCAAGCCAGCGCAUGUUGUGCCUCCAGUACCCCAUGUUCGAGCCGAUCAAGAACCCGUUACCAGAUCAAGGCCACCAGUCGGUUUGCAUAGCGUUUUGGUCAAUGAGGGAGCUGAAGCCUUCGCUAAAGCCGUUCGAAGAAAGAAAGGAUGUAUGAUUACAGACACCACUUUCCGAGAUGCGCAUCAAUCUUUACUCGCAACUCGCGUGCGCACUUAUGAUAUGGCCAAAAUUUCUCCAUUUGUCUCUUCCGCUUUCCCACAUCUAUUUUCAAUGGAGAACUGGGGAGGAGCUACUUUCGAUGUUUCGAUGCGUUUCUUGCACGAGUGUCCAUGGGAACGAUUGGAGACUCUCCGAAAAUUGAUUCCAAACAUUCCUUUCCAGUGUCUACUACGGGGUGCGAAUGCAAUGGGUUACAGCAAUUAUCCAGACAAUGUCAUCAACAAGUUUGCUGAACUUGCUGUCAAAUCUGGAAUGGACAUCUUCCGUGUGUUCGAUUCGCUCAAUUAUCUUCCAAAUUUGUUAGUUGGAAUGGAGGCUGUGGGACGGGCUGGUGGAGUCGUUGAAGCUGCAAUUGCUUACACGGGCGAUGUUUCUGAUUCAACGCGAACCCAGUACAAUUUGCAAUACUAUAUGGAUUUGGCUGAGCAACUUGUGAAAGCACAAUGCCAUAUUCUUUGUAUUAAGGAUAUGGCGGGCGUAUUGAAGCCAGCAGCGGCAAAGUUAUUGAUCACCGCUCUUCGAGACAAAUACCCCGAUAUGCCGAUCCAUGUGCAUUCCCAUGACACAGCUGGAGCGGCUGUUGCAUCAAUGGUUGAAUGUGCCAAGGCCGGCGCAGACAUUGUAGACGCGGCUGUUGAUUCGAUGUCCGGCAUGACGUCACAACCAAGCAUGGGAGCAAUUGUCGCCUCACUACAAGGAACAAACUUCGAGACUGGACUAAACCUUGACGCCAUCUCACAGUAUUCGGCUUAUUGGGAAAGUGCUCGACAAUUGUAUGCUCCGUUCGAGUGUGCCACAACGAUGAAGAGCGGAAAUGCGGAUGUGUAUAAACACGAAAUCCCCGGUGGACAAUACACAAAUCUGCAAUUCCAAGCUUUCUCUCUGGGUCUUGGGGAUAAAUUUGAUGAAGUGAAACGGAUGUACAGAGAAGCAAAUCUCGCACUUGGCGAUAUCAUAAAAGUUACUCCAUCGUCAAAAAUUGUUGGCGAUUUGGCUCAAUUUAUGGUGCAAAACAAUUUGACACGAGAAACACUGGUUGAUCGAGCUGACGAGUUGUCCUUCCCAAAGAGUGUCGUCGAAUUUAUGCAGGGUCAUGUUGGACAACCACCAUAUGGAUUCCCAGAACCGCUUCGUACAAAGGUUCUACGAGGAAAACCGAAAAUCGAUGGACGAAGUGGCGCUCAACUACCAGCUUUGGACUUUGAUAAAGUAAAAGUUGAAUUGGAGGAAAAGCAUGGCCGAAAGUUGAGAGAGGUCGAUGUGAUGUCCUCGGCCAUGUUCCCACGAGUUUUUGAUGACUUUGAGCAAUUCCGACAACGAUUUGGACCUGUGGACAAAUUACCAACUCGAGUUUUCUUUUCCGGUCUUGAUAUUGCUGAAGAAUGUGAUGUUGAAAUUGAAACUGAAAAUGAAAUAUUUUCGGUUUUCUUUGAUUUGAACGGACAAAUGCGAUCGAUUUUCGUGCAAGAUAGAGAAGCCAGCAAGGAGAUUGUGGUUCGACCAAGAGCUCUCGCGGGUGUAAAGGGAAGUAUUGGUGCUCCAAUGCCUGGUGAAGUGUUGGAAUUGAAAGUGAAAGAAGGGGACAAGGUCACUCCAAAGCAACCACUCUUUGUGCUAUCAGCGAUGAAAAUGGAAAUGUUGAUUGAUGCGCCGAUUGCUGGAACUGUUGUGAGAAUUCAUGCCAAGAAAGGAGACAAAUUUGAGGCCGGCGAUUUGGUGAUCGAAAUUGAACCC